AUGUCGAAACUAGGGACAUUUCGAGCAUUCUACCUCGUAGCUUUGUGCUGCGUAGGGUCUUUCUUGUUUGCAUACGACACUGGUAUCAUUGGUGGUAUCCUUACCUUUCAAGGUUUCCAAGAAGACUUUCGUUAUGGACCGUCCCAGAAAGCCAACGUCGGGUCAAACUCAACAAGUCUGCUACAGGCGGGAGCCUUCUUCUCCUGCUUCUUCAUCUGGCCCUUCACCGCGAAAUACGGCCGAAGAUGGUCAAUCAUCCUCGCCUCCAUAAUAUUCUGCGCCGGCGCAAUUGUCCAAUCAAUCAACACUCACUCCCUCGCCGCCUUCUAUGUCGCUCGAGUCGUCAGCGGUAUUGGCGUAGGCAUGGCCACCGUCGUGAUCCCCAUGUACUCGGCAGAGAUGGCCCCCAGGAACAUCCGCGGAAUGCUCGGCAGCAUGUUCCAGUUCUUUUUCACGAUGGGUGUCAUGACGUCCUACUUUGUAGACUAUGGUGUGAGCAAGCAUGUUGAGUCUUCAACGAGGCAGUGGCAGAUUCCUGUCGGCUUGCAACUCGUUCCUGGGGCGAUUCUCGGAUUGGGCAUGUUGCUUUGCAAAGAGAGUACACGAUGGCUGGCCAAGACAGGACGGAGGGAGGAAGCACUGCAGUCUCUGAUUUGGGUUCGGGGUGGCGAUGCACCCGAGGUCCGAGAAGAGUUUGCCGAAAUUAUUGCCAGUAUCGAAGAAGAGAGAAACCAAAAAGAGGGCCUCACAUGGAGAGAGUUGAUCCAGCCUGUCAACCGAUACCGUAUCUUUCUCAUCAUUGCUCUACAAAUCGGCGUCCAACUCACUGGCAAUACCUCUCUGGCUUACUACGCCCCGCAAGUGUUCGCAGCCGUUGGUGCAGGCCAGAAUAACCUCCUCAUCACAGGCUUCUUCGGUCUCGUCAAGGUCGUGUCAUGUCUCUUCUAUCUUCUUUUCCUCGUCGAACGUAUCGGACGCCGCGGUUCGCUGUUGGGUGGAGCAUUCCUGAUGGGGACCUACAUGCUCAUCAUCGCCUGCCUCACCGCAACCCACCCGCCCAAAUCCGUGGACCAGGGUUUGACCUCGACAGCCAUUGCCUCAAUGACGAUGAUCUACCUCGAAGCCAUGUCGUACAACAUCUCAUGGGGUCCAGCACCAUGGGUUUACAUGGGUGAAAUCUUCCCAUCUCGAAUCCGCGAAGCUGGCAUUGCCAUCGGCACUUCAACGCAAUGGCUCUUCAACUUUGUCUUCUCACAAGCUACGCCACAUGCCGUUCAGAACCUCGGGUGGAAGACAUUCUUGAUGUUUUGCAUCUUCAAUUGGGCACUCGUCGUAUUUGUCUGGUUCUUCAUCAAGGAGACUAAGGGGAAGUCUCUCGAAGAGAUGGACACACUAUUUUCUGGAACGUCUGUCAGGAACGACUCAGAGAAUUUCGUCAAAGAAAAUGGUGAAAAGAGGGAGCCCACUUCAGUUCUCGGGAACAUCAAUGAGAAGCUUCAGUGA